UAGAAGUUUUUAGAGUGCAGUUAGUAAUUCAUGUUGAAGUUGAAAAAAUUACAAUAAUGUGUAAAGGAGUGAAGGGUGUUGAUUGGGAGACGGAGACGCUUAUGGGUUCACCACCUCCUGUUUCAAAAUGGGAGAGAUUUAUUCCGCGUGCAGCUCUAUCUCAUAUCGGUCUUUUUGUUGCACUCAUGUUGUACACGGCUGGAGGAGGAUUGGUAUUUCGCGCUCUCGAAUAUCCGGCCGAAUUGGCAAAACAGGAGUACCUCAGGGACCGUCUUCUUACGGAAAGGUGGAAUCUUAUACGGGUAGUUGCUGAUUAUAACAUUAAUGGAACUGAAGAUGUGAGCCUGGAAAAAGUUCUUAGUGAUCAACUAGCUGUUUAUGAAAGGGUCUUAGAAGAUGCAUCUGGAAGCGGUAUUGCAUUAGACAUAGAAAAGAAUUUCCCCCCACUGGAAGAGAAAUGGAGUAUCUUACAAGCUGUUUUCUUCUCGUCGACCGUGCUCACCACAAUAGGAUACGGCAACAUAGUACCGGAAACAUUUUGGGGAAGAUUGUUUUGUAUUGCUUACGCUCUUAUUGGGAUUCCAUUAACGCUUACUGUGAUAGCCGAUCUCGGGCGAGUGUUCGCAACAGUUGUGUCAAUAAUGGCAAAACAAAUGCCAACGAUGCCGAAAUGGUGUAACAGACUGUCGGAAUCUAAUCCGGCUGGUCAGAGAUCAUUGUACGCGUUUUGGGCCGUUUGCUUCUUGUUCGUGUACUUAUCGGCCGGGGCUGGGUUGUUCAAGAUGUGGGAAGACGAUUGGACUUUCUAUGACGGAUUCUAUUUCUGUUUUAUCACGAUGACUACUAUUGGAUUUGGAGAUCUCGUUCCAAAAAGACCGAAAUACAUGUUACUCUGCACUUUAUACAUUUUGAUCGGUCUGGCACUAACUUCGACAAUUAUCGAGCUGGUCCGUAGACAGUACGCUAGAUCUUGGCAGCAACUGCGAGCAUUAUCCGGUCCGCUAGCAGACACAUUAAGAAGAAUAGGCGACGCCGGGCGUGGAGUCGAUGUGUCUGCGCUACAUAACGACCUGAGAAAGGUCUUAACUAUCGUAACCAUGCCUAGGCUAGGUCGCGAUGGUCUUGGAGAAAAGCGCCAGCUGGAGUGGGAAGCGGCUAUUGAAUCGGUUAUCAGGGACAUCACUAGUCCUAUAUCACCGCAACCAAAACCACCUAUAGUUCAAAUUGUUAUCUAUGAGUCAUCGGUAUAAUUUUAUAAUAAACUA